AGUCCUCCUCUUCCCUUGUUUUUAAAUUAGAUUUUUAGUUUUGUUUGUUCUAUUUAGAAUCAAGCACACAAAAUCAUAGCCGCCGCCUUCUCUGUGUAUGUGUGAGAAAGAGACGAUGAGAGAUGGUGGGUUUGAGUAUUCUGCUUGAAGCCCAGAAGAAUACUGGCCAAGGCUCAGUCAUCAACAAAGUUACCAUGAUCAAAACCUCUCCGCCACUAACUAAUUCGUUGUCGGCUACUUCGACACCCUCAUCCCUGUAUUCUCCGUCACCUCUUCCGGCCAUCACUUUUCUGGACUCCUGUUUUCUCUGUAAACAGAGACUCUUGCCUGGCCAAGACAUCUACAUGUACAAAGGAGAUCGAGCUUUCUGCAGCGUGGAGUGCAGGUGUAGACAGAUUUUCAUAGAUGAAGAGAGUAUCCAGAGGAAGAAUUGCUCUCUAACAGCCAUUAAUGUGAAAGUGAAACCCACAUCGUUGACAUCGCCAUCGCCUUCGCCUUCUUCGACUUCGUCUCGUCAUUCUCAUCGCAGAGAGACCAGAAACCGAGCAGGUGGAUUUGCGUAGUAAGACUUAUAGAUUAUGGGUAAUCUCCAAAUG